AGCGCGCGCCAGCCGCAGCCCCACUUCCGCUCGGGGGCGGGGCGGGGCGUCGCCAUGGCGGCCGGAGGCACAGGCGGGCGGCCUGAGAAGCCGCGAUGAGGGCUGAGGAUGAUCUCGCGAUACACGCGGAAGCCAGUGCCCCCCGGCGCCCUGGAGAUCCAUGGACUUGCAAAAAAUGCUUUAGAGCAUCAUCCCCUGCCAGAGCCACUAGAUGACAUUUACCCUGCUACACAGGCCACUAAAAGCUAUGAAGAAUUCUUGAGGGAGUCUGAAAUCUUGAAGGAAUCAAAUUACCCAGAUAUUACUGCAGCUGACAAUGGGAGCUCACGGUCUGCUAGUCAGAGUUACACGGGAACCUCCACUGAAGACAGCUCGGUCUUCUCUUGGGGCUACGAUGAAUUUGAUAAAGUUGCCACACGACAAGUUCAGCAGAUGUUCAGACACAUUGAUGAGCUUUUAUAUGAACAGAAAGAAAGUGUGCAUGUUGAGGGUCUGCAAGUAGAGUGCCAACAAUGGACAUCUAGCUUUCCUCAUCUCAGGAUUUUGGGGAAGCAGGUAGUAAUCCCCACAGAUGAAGGUUUUGGGUGGUAUUCAAGUUCACCUUCUAGCAGCUUAGGUUCAUUGGAUGUCAGCCCAGUACAAGAAAGAGAUUCUAGUGAGUUUAGUAUUUUGGGCAAGAAGAUACCUUUGUGGGUUACUUCCGUUCAUAAAGAUGCUGACUUUUCAAAACCUGCUACUGUUCGCUCUGUGGAGAGUGAAGAAGGUGAAGAUGGAGUAAUUGUCUCUGAAGGAAUAAUGGAGGAAUAUUUAGCAUUUGACUGCAGAGAUGUGGAGGAAGAGUUGCAUGAAAAGAAAAUGGGAUUCUCAUCUGACAAACAGAAAUUAGGUUUCCCUCCUAUAUCUCCAUGUUACUGCAUGAAGGAUGCUGUGCUCACAUAUGUGUUUGAUGAUGUGUGGAGUGAAGUCCUGGGCUCUGUGGAGGAGUUAAUCUGCCGGCACUGGGAAGGAUCAGUCUCUGGUAAGGAUGAUGAGAAAAAUGUCAUAACUGUAGAAACAAUUAGAAUGGAUCCUGGAAGCCCUUUUCUGCAGUUGGAACCUCUGCCAUUGGUGUUACCUCGAGCGCCACAAGUUAAAAUGCCCUCCAUCACCUCAAAUUUGUGCCCACAACCCAGAUGUAGCCGCAAAACCAAAAAGAGGAGAAAAUCACCUCAAAUAAAUGUCUCUCAAGGAUCAAGUGGUGGCCCUCAACAAAAUCUGAAUGGUUUGAUGGUGAUACAUGGGAUCCACUUACAUCAAAGGAAUCUGCCUCUAAUAGACAAAAUAUUGGAUCUGGAUGACAAACCACUAUUGAGACCAGGCUCCAGUUCCAUCCUCUCAACAAGAACUCGACCAAAUCGCACUCUAGAGCUCAGUACGUCUUCUCUGUCAUAUUCUGCUCAUUCUGCUAGAAGACGCAACCCACCACCACGCACCCUGCAUCCCAUCAACACGAACCACUCUCGUUCUGGGACACCAAGAUCCAUGGAUGAAGUCAUCAGGGGAACACGACUUCCUACUGUACAUGACCAGCUGUUAUCACCCUCCUUAAUGCCCUUGAGCCGAAAUAAUCUUCUGCCACCUAUUAAUACUGCAGACGAGGUGGAACACUUGAACACCGUGGGAUCCCAAAGGCAAACGGAUCCCCGAGGGAAUUCCAGUCGAGCUCAGAGUGCAAUGGAAGAUGAGAUUAACCAUCAGCAGCCACAGGAGAGGCUUUUCUUACCUGAUCAUUUCUCCAGGCCUAAUACAACACAUGCAUUUUGGGUAAAAAGUGGCAAAUGUAUCCAAAUACCGGAUCCACAGUAUCGCCGUUCUUGCACAGUUAUUGAUUAUGCUAAUCAACCCCGGACCAGUAGAGGAUCAGCAGGCACAGGUACCUGCAAUAUUUUGACUGAAAUAAUAAUAAUAAUGGAUGUGAUGUGGGGUAUUUGCUGCUUUCAUAUCACAUCACUUAAGUUAUAUCUGCAACUUGAACAGAAAACCUCUAUUAAUACAUUUAUUUUAUACUUGAUUUAUACUUCUGAUUUACUAUUAUACAAAGUUUCCCAGAUAUGGGGCUUGUGUGGUUUUUCCUCCUGCCAUAUGUAACAGUUUAAGUAAUUCAACAGACUUUUUACACUGUGGACCUUGAUCCUUCUCCUAUUAAAAUACAUGGAAAUUGACUGAAGUGAAAGAAAGAUCAAGUACUAUACAUGUGAAAUUCAAGGUUAUAUUUUUCUAUUGGUUCUGGUUCACUAUGUGUGUAACUAACGCCUUGCCUAUAUUAAAAGCUGCGCUGGUUUAACUGAAAGUCAAUGUAGUUGAAUCAAGGUGGCAAAAUCCCUAUAGGGAUACUUUCACAUCAGUUUAAACCCCAUACAUCAAUUUAGCUUCAUUUGACUUGUAACCCAAUUAAGCUGAAUACACACAUACACUCUUUCUCUCAAAAUCCACUUUUAGUUAAACCAGUGCAGAUGAGGUUUUGCACGGAGAGGGGAGGGGAUGGGAUGAAUUUAGUGGCAGAUUAUAUGCAUUCCCUAGCCUGAACAAUCUUACUGUUCUGGAAAUGCUAAUGAUACAAUCUUUAACUUUUAAAACAAAGCCGUUCUUAUAUGCUUCAGAUACAACCCCCAUUACCAUUUUGUGACUUAGCAGCAGGGUACAAGAAGUGGUGUGUGCGCAACUGCACUUUUGCCAUAGAAAUCAUCUAGGGAGGGAGGCCUCUUGUCUCCAUCAACUCUUGCUUCAGAGAUCUCAGGAUUACUGUAGGGAGGAUGUCAGUCAUCAUACUAUGCAAUUACACAGCACUAAAAAACCGUUAACCAAAUCUAUACAGUAUAUAUUGUUUUCAGGUAUGGCUGGGUUGUUUACAUUGGAAAAUGAUCUGGAUUGUAAAUCCUUAAGUGGGAUAAGCUUUUCACCUCAAACUCAAAACCCAUUUUCUCUGUAUCUAUUUUAAUACUGGAAUGUUUAUUACUCUACAGAUUCUAUUAACUUAAGAGUGAGGGGAAUCACAUUAGGGAUAUCUAGUUCUUCCUGUAUUAGUUCUUUUCACCAUCAUGCUCUGGGUCAUUCUUUUGAUGACUAAGAAAUGAGGCAGCAGACUUGAGAAUGUUCUUGGUGCGUUUGUAUCUGAUAGUUGUUGGUCUGUCAGAUUCCUAGUAGAUAGGUGUUAGGAUUCUUUUUAUUAUCUGAGCUGGUAUCAGACAUGCCAAACCACUGGAAAAAAUGCAGAAAUUGGGCUUGUUUUUGGCUUAAUUGGCUUGUUGGCUAGUAGCUUGUUGCUUCUUUUUUUUUUUUGAUUGGCUCCUGGUAAGCAGGGGCAAGUGGGGAGAGCGUCAGGGGUGCACAGUAGGUCCACCACAGUCCCAAAGUGCACGCUGGGAGGAUUAGUCACGUAGAGUGUUGGGGUUCUUAGGGAUUUGUUUGUUUUGGCCUUGUUUUGAAAUGGGAUUAGCUUGAUUUUCGGCUUAUUGUGAAAAUCGGAGUGCUUAUUUACUGUGUGAAAGUAGGCAACUGUGGCUGAUAUCCUUGUCGAUGAUUGAACAUUCAGAGAGAGCAUCUGGUGGUUCCUUCCGCUCACUGUUGAAGCACAUGGUCAGGGG